AUGGCCAAGUAUCUUCGAGGAUUUUUGGGCCCACAGAGUCCAUCAGCACAACCAACCGGAGCCGAUACGGUAGCUCGUUUGGUUGAUAGAGUUCAUUCAUCAACGUUAUUGGAUGACAGAAGAGAUGCAGUCAGAGCGCUCAAAGCUCUGUCCAAGAAUGCUAAAGCUUGGUAUCAAUCAAUGUCCGUACAUAUGUCAAUUCUCAGUCAAGAAGACGAAGAUUACAUCCCAGAGGUUGUCAGGAAUCCUGACCCAGAAGAUCUGAGUGGUCAGUUCACUGAGAUAUUUAUCAAAAACAAGGACAAUGUUUCAUUGCUUCUAAGCCUGCUUGAGGAAUAUGAUUUUCAUAUUCGAAGACCGACCGUUAGAUUAUUAACGUCGUUAUUGGUUAACAGACAUAGUCAACUACAGCAGGUGAUUUUAGUCAGUCCGAUGGGUGUGUCCAAAUUAGUGGAUUUAUUGUCGGACAGCCGAGAAGUUAUCAGAAAUGAUGGUCUGCUCCUGCUAAUCCAGCUGACUAAGACGAACGCUGCAAUUCAGAAAAUAGUUGCAUUUGAAAAUGCAUUUGAAAGACUUUUAGAAAUUAUCACCGAAGAAGGCAACAGUGAUGGUGGAAUCGUCGUGGAGGAUUGUUUAUUGUUGUUCCUCAACUUACUCAAGAAAAAUAGUUCUAAUCAGACUUUUUUUAAAGAAGGAAGGUAUGUCAGUUUUGUCUAUGUUCUGGUAACUAUAAUGUAUGUUACAAACCUUCAUCUAAUGCAACAAGUGAUUAGAACGCUGGUUUCACCAAGUAAUCCUCAACAAGCUACGUCUGCAUGUCAGAAAGUCAUGCAUACGUGUGGUUUAUUACAGCAACUCUCUGCAAUACUAAUGGCUAGUGGUGUGCCUGCUGAUAUCCUAACAGAGACUAUUAAUACAGUAUCGGAAGUUAUCCGGGGUAACAAUACAAAUCAAGACUAUUUUGCAUCUGUGACAGCGCCCUCUAACCCACCAAGACCAGCCAUUGUUGUCCUCCUGAUGUCAAUGGUGAAUGAGAAACAACCAUUUGUAUUACGCUGUGCUGUUUUAUACUGCUUUCAAUGUUUUUUGUAUAAAAAUGAAGUUGGACAAAGUCAGAUUGUGUCCACUUUACUGCCCUCUAGUGCUGAAGUUGGUGCCGUUACAGCCGGGCAAUUACUUUGCGGUGGACUAUUCAGUUUGGACUCCAUGUCAAACUGGUGUGCUGCUAUAGCCCUCUCGCAUGCACUAAAGGACAACAACUCUCAGAAAGAACAAUUACUGAGAGUACAGUUAGCAACCAGUCUUGGAACACCUCCUGUAUCACUAUUACAACAGUGUACGAACAUAUUAGCGCAGGUAUAUUAUGAAAUUAUUACAAGAAUGCACAAACCCACCAGUAAACUACAGAGUAAAGUAGGCUUGUUGAUAUUACUGUGUUCAUGGAUGUCUUCGUGUCCUAUCGCUGUGGCACAUUUUCUCAACAAUCCAUCAAAUGUGCCAUAUUUAACAUCACAAGUAGCAGACAAUGUAGACGAAACAGACCAACUCAUUCAAGGUCUGAGUGCAUUCUUACUAGGAAUCUGUCUACAAUUCAAUGACGACUCUAUUGUUGCAUUUGAUAAAGUGAAUUUAAAGCAAUUAAUUGAGAAGAGGAUCGGCAUAGACUCAUUUAUUGACAAAUUAAACAUGGUAUGCAAGCAUGAAAGUUACACGAAAGCAGCAAUUAAACCACAGUUGAACUAUGACCUCCCGGAUCAUCUACUCUUUGAUUAUGAAUUUACAUCAUUAUUUAAACAAGUAGAAAGUGUUAUUAUCAAAGCUGUGGAAGGAAGUGAAGAAACUGAUGCUGUCAAUAAGGAAGAACAUCAAAAGACGAUAGAAGAUCAUGAUAAUAUAGUAACUCAAUAUAAAGAAUUGAUCAGAGAACAGGACAACCAAGUACGUGAACUAAGGACACUUAAUGAAGAGUUAAAAAGUAAACACAACGAGUCACAGCUGCAAAUAGAAGAACAAAUUUCACAAAUACAACAGUUAAAAGAUCAGUAUGCACUUUUGAAAGGACAGCAAGAUGUGUUAGGUCAGGGUGAUGUGCAGCAACAAGUUGCUGUUCUCGAGUCAUUUGGUCUAAAAGCAGAAAAUCAACAAAUUACCUCAUUGGAGCAAGAAAUUGAAGAAUUGAAAAAAGUUCAAGAGACGUUGAACCGAGAACUUCAAGAAAAAGACACCAUAAUCGAGAGAGUUAAAAACAAUCAUGUAGUUACUGAAGGGAAAGAAGGUGACACAGAAAACAAUACUUCAAAACUUCUUGAAUUAGAGUCUAAAAUUAGUGAACAAAAUCUCGAAUUAGAAGAAUUAAAAAAUGUUAUCUUGGAACAAGAGAAUGAAGUUAAAAAAUACAAGAUUAAUAGUGAAGAACUAACAAACCAACUACAACAAUUAAGUACUGGCUCAGCUGAAUCCACAUCUGUGAAUGCCACACUAAUAGCUGAGAAGGCUGUCAUGACAACCAAAAUAACAGAAUUAGAAAGUCAACUCAUUAAGGCAAAGCAAGAAUCUGAGAGGCAGUCGCGUGAAUUACAGGGACUAAUUACUGAAAAACUGACUGUUACUAAUGAAAGUGACAAACUAAAAGAACAAAAUAGUAGUCUUUGUGAAGAAAUUAAAGGCCUCAAUGACCUUCUAAAAACAUUGAAAAAUGAAAGUGAAAAACUGGAGGAUGAGAAAAAAAAGUCCCUGGAGGAAAUUGCAAGUAUGAGGAAGGAACAAGAUGAUUUGUUAGUUUUGCUGGCGGAUCAAGACACAAAAUGUGAGGAGUACAAGAAAAAAUUAAAGUUGCUCGGACAGCAGGUGGAUGAUGACGACGACGAUGACGACGACGACGAUGAUGAUCUUGACAAUGAUGAAGAUGAGGAUGAAAAUGGGGAAGGAGGAGAAGAAGGAGGAGAUUGAAUCUUGAAAAUACAACGUUAAAUCAGUUUUUACAGAUACAUUAAUACUGUGUUCACCAGAUCUAAUUAUAUUCUCUGACUGAAAUAUGCAACAACUAUUAUAUAUCUGUAGUAGUUGUAUUUCAAUGCACUCUAAUUGUAUACUUCCACACGGUGAUGGAAAGUAACAAAUCAAGACAAUGCCCUCUUGUGGUGAUUCUACAAGCCCGGUCGUACAGUAUGUCUUAAAGUAUAAGGCAGCAACUUGGCAGACUUCCUCACCACACAUCUACUGACUGUUUGCAUUUAACUGAAAUGUUGGCUUUCCAGAUUUUUUAUCCAUUUGUGUGGAUCAUUCCAUAUUACAAUAUGAAAAGUCGCUGCUUUUGCAAAUUAGAGUUGAAAUAAAUACUUGUAACACCUUGUUUAUUUAUUUUCUUAAAAUCAAAUUUUAAUUGUAAGUGAAGAAACCCCCUGUAGCCAUGUUGUUAAUUACUGUUCAAUUAAAUGCAAAUAAUCUCAGUUUCUCUGUAACCUACAUGUAUACUUGUAAAUGAAAUGAUGUAUUUUGCAGUUGGACUUGACCAUAUGCAGCUCAUGCUGGCAAUAACAUUGAUCCAAAUUCGUUCCACAUGGGCGUCUUGUAUAUUUCAUUCAACACAAGUUAUUUAAGCUCUAUUUUGCGAGUCAAGUGUAUUGCAUUAUACAUUACUUCAACCACACUGACAACUUAAUCAAUGUAAGUUACUUUGACAUUCAUUCACACAUCAUUGAACUUGAGUUGAGGCAGAUAUUCUUUCAGAUAUUAAACACCUUUUAAAAUA